AUGGCCGCUCCUUCCAUUCCUAAUCUCAACAGCCUCAGAGGCAGGACUGGUCUACGUCGUGGUCGGGGUCGCGGUCUGCCCUUUGAUCCAGAUGCACCAGAAGAAGACCCUCAACAUGCUCGCGACAAAAUCAUCCGAUCAACAGACGGAGAUGCUUCCAACUCCCGACUGAGUGCUGUAGCUCUUGGCUAUCUGCAGGACGACUAUGCAACAUGCUUCCUCCAAGGCCAAAUCCCCAGAAGAUAUCCUCUCAUCAACCGCGGUACCUAUGUCCGUACAACUGCCAUCGAUCGUCUCGUCGACCAGUUUCUGGCAACAACAAUCGACGCCCAAGGCACACACGACUCUGCUGCUCCGGUAGCACAGGUCAUCUCACUGGGCGCUGGCUCCGAUACUCGCUUCUUUCGCUUGUCGCCUGCUCGUAGACAGGCUCUGCUCUAUCAUGAACUCGACUUCAUCGACAAUGUGCAAGCGAAGCUCUCGGCAAUCGAGUCUUAUCCAGACCUCAAGCACAUGAUCCCUGGCAUGAACAUAUCACCAGACAAGAACUCCCUGCUCUCGCCCAACUACAACCUGCAUGCCAUCGACAUUCGUCAGUUUGCUGACUCGAAUCCUCCUGCCAUUCCGAAUCUGCGAUCAGACCUACCCACCCUACUCCUGAGCGAAUGCUGCCUGUGCUACGUGCCUCCUACAACCGCCACUCAGAUCCUCUCGUAUUUCACCAACGCCAUCCCUGCCGCUUCUCUGGCUAUAAUCAUCUACGAGCCUAUCCGCCCCUACGACAGCUUCGGUAAGACCAUGAUCACAAAUCUGGCCAGUCGAGGCAUCGAAUUACAGACUGUCAAGCGCUACUAUUCUCUGGCUGCCCAACGAAAUCGCUUCAACAAAGCCGGCUUUACAAGCGGUCAAGGCGCGAGAGAUGUCGAGCAAAUCUACAAUGGCGAAGAAUGGGUCAGUGCUGUAGAGAGAGACAGGGUCGAAAGACUCGAAUGGCUGGACGAGGUCGAGGAGUGGAAACUGCUGGCUAGCCAUUACUGCGUCGCCUGGGCCUGGAGAGAUCCCUCGGACGCCCCCGUGUUUGGCCAUGCCUGGAAGCAUGUUGAUGGAGCAUACACCGACAAGGAGGCUGCCGACGACGACAUCAUGUAG